AUGGACCCACCCAACGUGCCGUCGUCGCCGCAGGCGCCGCCAGACCUCACCCCGCUCAGCGUGACUCCCUCCUUCCGCACGGAGACUCUCGUUACGCUGGAGAUGGCGCAGGGCGUCACGAUCAAUCGAGAAAAACUCUCGGAAUGGCACCACAAGAUACGCUCAAGGCUCUUUGCGCUCGUGUCGGGUUUUUUUGUCCGCUGCCGCGUGGAGGACUCCACCGAUGGCAAGGCGUUGUACAAAGUUGGCCGCAUCAAGACUCUGAAACCGGACUGGUCGGUUGAACUUGACCUCAUCACGACCGAAGAAAUCAACUCGGGCCGCAGCAACACAAACUACGACUGCAUCAGCAAUGCGAAGAUCACCCCCGUGGAGUUUAACACCUUUAUCUCCAAGGUGCCCCCGGAACUUAUACCAAAUGUAUUUAACACUGUCUUCAAGAUGGAGGAACGCCUGCGGCUUUUGGAAACUGUGAUAUUGGUGGAACCCGCAUUCCAUGGGAAACGCAAGGAUGAAAGGCGCGCUCAUGAGGCUUCUCAAGGCAUUGGGGGUGCGGCAAACUUACCGGAAAGGUAUGUCUUUUCACAGAACGUGCUUCUCUGUGAGGAUGAUUUUGUGAACCUUCCACAAACCGUUACAAUUGUGGAUUUGCUGCAGAACGCCGUGGGACAAAAAGGGGUGGCGGAACCAGACACGCCACGGGCGGGUAUGGUACCGGGCUCAACGCCGAAGUCUCGGGCGUUUGAUGAGGCAGUGGCCAGUCACAGUACGAUGCUUCAAUUGCAGGACAUGCGAAAUUACAUGAACUCCCCCACGCAGCCGCAUGUCGAUGCGGCUCGUCUCAUUGAGAUGAUACGUCGCGCAGCAAAUUCUACUCGUAAUGGAUUUGCUUACGAAAACCUUCCGGAGUUCUGCAAACUUGUUAUUUCUGUAUGUAAUCAAUGCCGUGAGGUGGUGACACGGGAACCGCUUUUCGUUCGUCUCAAAUCACCUAUUACAGUUUUUGGUGAUAUUCACGGUAAUUUUGCCGACAUGGCGUAUUUUUUGGAGAAGGUGGUGGGGUUUGAUGACAUUAUGCUCAAGUACACCACAACCCAUCUUCUGUUCCUUGGCGACUACGUGGACCGAGGGGCCUUUUCCUUAGAAUGUGUGAUGUACCUUCUUUCUCUGAAGCUCAUUAACCCGGCGAAGGUGACAUUGCUGCGUGGAAAUCAUGAGUCACCGGAGGUGAAUGGGGACAUGGAUGUGUACGGCUACAGCUCUUUCAAGUAUCAGUGUCUUGAAAAGUUUGGUCGGGAGCGCGGCAUUGACGUCUGGGUCGCUGUGAAUGAAGUGUUCCAGUUUCUUCCUGUGAUUGCCGAUAUUGAUAGGAAGAUCUUCUGCGUUCAUGGUGGGCUCCCACAGUACACGGGUGGGGAGGAUAAGCGGCUGGAGAUUCUCUCCGAUCCUUCUUUUCCCCGCAUCCCUGUAGUACAGUGCACGGACCCGACCAACGUAGCGCAGCGCAUGAUGGUGAAUGACUUGCUGUGGUCCGACCCUGCCCCACCAAACCAUCAACUUGACAAGUACGGUUUUGGGCCGAACCCGCGUGGGCCUGACAUUAAGACCUUUGGUUCCCGCGCCGUGGAUAUGUUCUGUGAGCGCUACAACUACCAAUACAUCUUUCGUGCCCACCAAGAGAAGGCGGAUGGGCUACGCUUGUCCGACAACGCCCGUGUUGUGACCAUCUUCUCCACCUCUGACUAUGCCGGGCAUCAAAACGGUGCAGGCUGCAUCUUAGUAGCCAACGGAAAGAUGCGUAUGGCCAUCAAAAAGCCACAAAGACAGGAACCCAAGGAUAUGAAGGGCACUGUUUCUCCACGCGCGCCGGGUAAGAGCAUCCCCGGAUUUGUGCCCCGCCUUAAGCGCAUGUAG